GAGAGAGAGGGGAGAAUAAUUCAUUACCUUUUGUGGACUUUGCAUUCGUAAUUUUUGCGGUUUAGGAAAGGAGGAGGAAGAGGAUGGGCGUUUUACCUCCGAACCAUUUACUUGGACUGGCCGUUCUUUUAGCCCAGGACCCUUAGACGAAGGGAUACUGGGAGCCCGAGGUCGACGUUUAAGUUCUAAAACAGGUGACACAGAUCCCUCAGGUUUCUUCUUCGGGGACCUUUCCGGCUGCGUGAAUUUUGGAUCAACAUUCUCUUUCAGGCUGGGGGUGACUGGACGUAUGGGCGACCGUCGAUUAGGCGAAGCCACCCUCGGGGGGGAGCCACUCUUCAAAGGUGACGUACUGCGAGCAGUCGAUCCUGAACCAUGGCUAGUUUGUGGUCGAGCAGGUUUAGUCGGGGUCAUGACAUCGGGCCGAAGAUGGCUAGAAGAAGAUCCUGGGGUUGUAGGCCUUGGACCUUGGCUUGGGGAUACUGUUGAUGCGUCUGUGGAUGCUGUUUCCGGCACUAGAUCAGAAAGAGAGCUUCUCCGCUUGCGACGAACUCUGACCACGCCGUUUGUUGAGAUUCCCCGGACCGAUGAUGAUGACGGAGGCUCUUCCUGUGCGCUCCCUGGUCGUCGGAGUAGUUCCUGUGACGUGGACGCACCGGAACGAUCGCGAGAACCGGGGCGUAAUAGAGAACCCAGACUAGUAUCAAUAUCGAUAGAUUUCGAGCGUAGCAAAGAACCCUUCGGUGUCCCCGGCUCUGAUUCACUAGGACCACCCUUACUCUUGCUCAGGGUCCUCAAAAUUGAGGAUACCUUGCUUUCCCCUUCAGGCUUGGAGGUUUCCCGGUGUAAACUGAAGCCAAAGCGUUUCCGGAAAGAGGAUGCGUUAGAGCUUACGGAGCCUGCAGUUUGCGAGGCGGAUUUGGUCUGUUCUCCAGUCAAGAUGCCUUCUAACGAGACCCCCCCUGGAAUAAACUCAUCAAAAAGGUUGUCAAAAUCAUCCACUAAUCGAUCCAAGAGAGAGAUGUGCUGCAUUGGGUCUCCUUUGAUUGUUAAAACCUCGGCAAAGGCCGCUGUCAACGCACCUCGGUCCCCAUCGCUACCAGAGGCGUCCAGUAAUUCUGCCAGAAGGCGAAUGAGAGACGCGAGCGCGCGGCGAUUUUGGGGGCUCAUGUCCGCAACGAACUUUCGAAAGUUUUCUUCAAAAUCGCGGGGGAACAUGGUGUCAAACUGGUUCUGGAGUAGUUUCAGCGACGGGGGGUCGAUCACAGGGCCCAUAUGCUCUUUCCACGCGUUUUCCAUGAACGUUUCGAAUGCUACAAAAAGCGUAUCAACUGCCACCUCUGCCGCGGCUUGAAGUCUUGCCGGGUCUUCUAGGAGAAUAUUGUACAGUUCAUUGACUGAGGACCGGUCAACGUUUUCCCUCGCCCGAAGGCUCCGCCCCACAAUAUUGCCGCUGCGAGACUGAAGAGCAAGCACAUAGGCUGCAAAUGUUUGCUCUAGAACGCUAAAUGUGUUGUCUGACCCUUUAGUAGGGGUUGUUCCAAUCACGGAGAUCUUGAUUGGGGUCUGCUCUUUUCCAGGAAAGGAGGAGGGUAACGUAUUGGAUCGUGAAAGGUUAGCACGAGGGGGAGGAAUCUUGGGAAAUUC